AUGCGUGAAGUCGUUGCGAAAAUUGCACAGUUUAUGCCUGAAGUCGAGGUCCAUUUUGCCGUGAGAGGGGUAAAACCCUCUGCCCCCAUCACCGAACAAAUAAUUAUUGGUACGCCCGGAAAGUUGGUCGACUAUCUUACCAAAUACCAUUGCCUUGACCCGUCCCAUAUUUGUUGUCUUGUUCUCGACGAAGCAGACGUCAUGAUCAAUCAGGCUGGAUAUACAGAACAGAGCACGCAAAUCUACAAGUAA